AUGACACCAAAGAAACAAAGAGCCCAGAGCAAUAAUCAAACUUGCUUUAAAGAGCGUAGGAUUCGACUUAUUACUUCUCGUUUUGGUCGAAUAUUUAAAAUGAGAUGUACUACCAGUUGUAAGAAUUUGGUGUAUGAUUUGUUAUAUGCAUGUGAAGCGCAGGCGAAGUCUUUACAAUAUGGUCGAGACAUGGAGGCUAUUGCUCGUACAGAAAUAGAAAAAAAUAUUAAUAAAAAAAUAAAAACAUGCGGUUUAUUGAUAAAUCCAAUAAUUCCAUAUUUAGCAGCGAGUCCAGAUGGUCUGAUAGAAGAUAACACCAUUGUUGAAAUUAAAUGUCCCUUUUCUGCCAAGAAUACUUUAAAUGCAAUUGAUGCCGUGACAAAUAAACUU